AUGCCGACACUCGCCUUGAUCAACUUCAACAUCGUCUGCGCUACGCUCGGAGGUUUUAUUUCCCUCUUCGGGCUAGUAUCCUACCUUUGCAAGGAGAAGUUCUACCUAUCAGAAGCAUUAAUCUCCCUGCUAGCCGGAGUGUUAUUCUCUCCCCAUGCAGCCAAUUUCAUCAGACCGGAUGACUAUGCACUCCACUCUGAAGAAAAUCUGGAGGCAAUCACUUUGCAUUUUACCCGCCUAGUGCUAGGCGUGCAGCUAGUCCUAGCCGGAGUUCAACUCCCAAAGCGGUAUCUGCAGAUCGAAUGGCGGAGCCUAGGGCUACUCCUUGGACCAGGCAUGGCUGCCAUGUGGAUGUGCAGUAGCUUAGUGAUCUGGGCCAUGGUUCCAAACUUUAAGUUCCUCCAUGCCCUGAUUAUCGGCGCAUGCGUGACUCCAACCGACCCCGUUUUGUCCAACUCAAUUGUCAAGGGCAAGUUUGCUGAUAAACAUGUCCCGCGUGAGCUGCAGAGGAUUAUUAUCGCUGAAUCUGGCGCUAAUGAUGGCCUUGGCUACCCAUUCCUUUUCUUUGCGAUCUAUCUUCUCCAGUAUACUGGAAUGGGAAGCCAGAGCUAUAGCGGUGGCGCUGGAAAGGCGAUGGCGCUGUGGUUCUAUGAGACUUGGGCAUACACCAUUCUGUUAAGUAUGGUCUAUGGAACUCUGGUUGGUUGGAUUGCGAGGAAGUUGUUGCACUGGGCAGAGGAGAAGCGCUAUGUUGACCGGGAGAGCUUCUUGGUGUUUGCCAUUGCUCUUGCACUGUUCAUUGUGGGAACCUGUGGUUUGAUUGGGACAGAUGAUCUUCUUGCCUGUUUUAUUGCUGGAAAUGUAUUCACCCAAGAUGACUGGUUCCGCCUUGAGACCAUGGACGAUUCCCUCCAACCGACAAUCGACAUGCUUCUUAACCUGUCUGUCUUCAUGUGGUUUGGAGCGGUCUGCCCAUGGUCAUCCUUCCUGAACAACAGCGUGAUUCCAAUCCAUCGGCUCAUCUUCCUGGGAAUAUUGAUCCUCCUAGUCCGCCGCCUCCCGAUCGUCUUCGCCAUGCACAAAUGGAUCCCGCAAAUCGACCUCUUCUCCCAGGCUGCAUUUGUCGGCUUCUUCGGUCCCAUCGGAGUGGGCGCCAUCUUCUACCUGUCAAUCAGCCUUGAAUUCCUGCGCAAGAUCCAAGUCGACGGCGAAGUCCCAGAGGACGUAAAGCAAGUCAUGGAGACCGUCCAGGUUGUGGUCUGGUUCCUAGUAGUCUGCAGUAUUGUCGUGCAUGGCCUCUCAGUCCCCAUUGGAAAAGCCGGCUAUAACCUGCCAGCAACCAUCUCCAGCGUCAUCAGCACCAGCACACACGAGGAGCGCGAACCGGUCCCCAUAUCAAACACUAGUCACACGCACAGCACGGCCACACCUCUCACAACGGGGGAGGAUGCGAGUUACCGCAGCCGCAAGCGUGGUUUCCGGAGUGCAAUCCCCCGCCCGCCAUUCUUUGGGAUUGGCGGUUCGGUGAUCCGUCCUCGUUCACCGUCCCACCAGCCCGGCGUGGGUCAACCCGAUGAGCCGGAGAGACCCGUCAACCUGGUUCUUCGUCAGAAUAGUAGCGGGGAUAACAAGCCCUAG